CUCGGUUUUGGUCGCGGGUCGGGCUGGCUGGGUAACGUUUGCAGGUGAGGGUGCGAGGAAGGAAAUGGGGGACUGCGUACAAACCAGAAUGGAAUCUAAUUUAAAUCAAGAUGGGAUGUCUAGACCGUCUUAUGUUUUCAGUGCUGACCCACUUGCAAGACCUUCAGAAAUAAAUUUUGAUGGCAUUAAGCUUGACCUCUCUCGUGAAUUUUCCUUAGUUGCUUCAAGCAUUGAGGCAAACAGUUCCGAAUCUAAAGAUUAUCUCCAAGUGUGUCUUCGAGUAAGACCAUUCACGCAGCCAGAAAAAGAGCAUGAGUCUGAGGGCUGUGUGUAUAUUCUGGAUUCACAGACUGUUGUGCUGAAGGAGCCUCAGUGUACCCUUGGUCGUUUAAGUGAGAAAAGCUCAGGGCAGAUGGCACAGAAAUUCAGUUUUUCCAAGGUUUUUGGCCCAGAAACUACACAGAAGGAAUUCUUCCAGGGUUGCAUUCUGCAGCCAGUUAAAGACCUCUUAAAAGGACAGAGUCGACUGAUUUUUACUUAUGGGCUAACCAAUUCCGGAAAAACUUACACGUUUCAAGGCACAGAAGAAAAUACUGGCAUUCUUCCUCGAACUUUGAAUGUAUUAUUUGAUAGUCUUCAGGAGAGACUGUAUACAAAGAUGAACCUUAAACCACAUAGGUCCAGAGAAUACUUACGGUUAUCACCAGACCAAGAGAAAGAAGAAGUUGCUAGCAAAAGUGCAUUACUUCGGCAAAUUAAAGAGGUUGUUAUGCAUAAUGACAGUUAUGGUGCUCUUUAUGGAAGUCUAACAAACUCUUUGAGUAUCUCAGAGUUUGAAGAAUCCAUGAAAGAUUGUGAACACUCGAACAUGAAUAUGGAUAUUAAUAGAAAAUUUUCUGUGUGGGUAUCUUUCUUUGAGAUUUACAACGAAUGUAUUUAUGAUUUGUUUGUUCCUGUAUCAUCUAAGUUCCAAAAGAGAAAGACACUGCGCCUUUCCCAAGAUGUAAAGGGCUAUUCUUUCAUAAAAGCUUCGUUUAUUUCUUUUAGUCACAGCAUAUUUACCAUUAGAAUAUUACAGAUUGAAGAUUCGGAAAUACCACAUGUAAUACGAGUCAGUGAAUUGUCUUUAUGUGAUCUUGCUGGCUCAGAACGAAGCAUGAGGACCCAGAAUGAAGGUGAAAGGUUAAGAGAGACUGGGAACAUCAACACUUCUUUAUUGACUCUGGGAAAGUGUAUCAGUGUUUUGAAGAACAGUGAAAAGUCAAAGUUUCAACAGCAUGUGCCUUUCCGGGAAAGUAAAUUGACCCACUAUUUUCAAAGUUUUUUUAAUGGUAAAGGGAAGAUAUGUAUGAUUGUCAACAUCAGCCAAUGUUCUUUUGCCUAUGAUGAGACACUCAAUGUGUUGAAGUUCUCAGCCAUUGCACAAAAAGUUUGUGUUCCAGAUAUUUUAAAUUGCUCUCAAGAGAGAUCAUUUGGGCCUGUCAAAUCUUCUCAAGAUGAAUCAUUAGAUAUUAAUAAUUCAGAUAAUAAAAUACUAAAUGGAAAAAGAUCCACGAUUUCAUGGGAAAGUAGUCUAGAAGAUGUGGUGGAAGAUGAAGAUUUGGUUGAGGAUCUAGAAAAAGCUGAAGAAAAGCAGAAUGUGGAAACUGAAUUUACUGAUGAAGAUCUAGAUAAUACAUUAGAGGAUGAUAAGGCUUUCAGUAGCCAUGCGGGGAAGAGAAACAUGGACAUGUUCCUCACAAUCAAAAGGCCAUUUUCAUACCUAAGCACUUACACAUUAAUACAGGAAACUCUCCUUCAGGAGCGAGAAAUUUUAGAAGAAAAUGCUGAAUGUCGUUUGGCUAUUUUCAAGGAUUUGAUUGGUAAAUGUGAUACUCAGGAGGAACCAAAGAAUGAAGAUCAUACCAUGAAAGAUGAAACUGAAGAAGGACAUAAUUAUGUAGGAAUUGAAGAUAUUAUUGAUUCUCUUCAAGAUGAUGUCACUGGUAUUAAGAAACAGGCUGAAAUUGCUCACUUAUAUAUUGCAUCUCUUGCUGACCCCCAGGAAGCUAUUGCUUGUUUAGAAAUAAAGUUUAAUCAAGUUAAAGCUGAAUUAGCUAAAACCAAAGAAGAAUUAAUCAAAACCCAAGAAGAGUUAAAAAAGAGAGAAAGUGAAUCAGAAAUUAAUUUAAAUUCAUUGGUUCAAGAGCUUGAGAAAUCUAAUAAGAAAAUAAUUAUGCAGAAUCAAAGAAUUCAAGAGUUGAUGGAUAAAAUUGACCAAAAAGAGGAUACUAUUAACAAGUUUCAGAACCUAAAAUUUCAUAUGGAAAACACAUUUAAAGGCAGUGACAAUGUUGGUAAUUCUUCUUUAAUAAUAAACAAUAAAUUGGUUUGUAAUGAAACGACUGAAAUGUCUAAGGACAGCAAAACUAAAACGUAUUCAGGAAGAAAAAGAUUAAGUGAAAUUGAACUUCAACAAGAUGAACCACCAGCAAAGAAAGGACUUACACAUGCUAGUCCAACUAUCACUGAAGACCAAAAGAAAAGUGAAGAAAUGCAAGAGAGCAUUUCAGAUGAGGAAAACAUUAGAGUUCUACAGGAAAAUAAUGAAAAGUUAAAAACACGUUUGCUCACCAUUGAGAAUGAACUUAAAAAUGAAAAGGAAGAAAAAACAGAAUUAAAUAAACAGAUUGUUAGUUUGCAGCAAGAACUUUCUUCUUCUGAAAAAAAAAGUUUAGGUUUUAGUAUAGAGGUCCAACAAAUUCAGUUGAGUUAUGACAAUGUGAUUUCUGAAUUACAUGUACAGAAAAGUAUAAAUCAAGAACAGAAGGAAAGGAUCAUGAAAUUGUCAGAAGAGAUAGAAACUGCUAGAAGAAACAUCACAAAUAAUGUUUCCCAAAUAAAAUUAAUGCAAGCAAAAAUAGAUGAACUGCGUAGACUUGAUUCAAUUCCUCAGAUCGCAAGCGCAGAUUUACUCAAUCUCAGGGAUCUGUCCAGUGGUUCUCAAGAAGAUAAUCUGCCGAAUACACACUUACAUCAUUUGGAUACUGAUUAUCUGAUAAGUAAGCAGGUUAGCGAGCGUGGUAUUCAGGAACUUGGUGGGGAAAGGUCUUUCCACGGUGCUGUUGAAGCCAUUUGGGAAGAAUGUAAGGAGAUUCUAAAGACUUCCUCCACAAAAACCCGUCGGAUUGAGGAACUGCAGCAACAAAUUGAAAAAUUACAGGCAGAAGUAAAAGACUGUACAGAUGAAAACAAUAGACUAAAAAUAGAGGAGAGGGAGAAGAAAAAUCAAGAUGAGUUACUAAAAGAAAAGGAUAGUCUCAUACAGCAGCUGAAGGAAGAAUUGCAAGAAAAAAACGUUAGUCUUGAUAUUGAAGUACAGCAUGUAGUGGAAGGAAAGAGAGCACUUUCAGAACUUAUGCAAGAUGUUACUUGCUAUAAGGUGAAAAUAAAGGAACUUGAAGCAGUGUUAGAAACUCAGAAAAAUGAAUGUAGCCAUUCAGCCAAGUUAGAACAAGAAAUUAUGGAAAAGGAAUCUAUCAUUUUAAAGCAAGAAAGAGAUCUGAAUGAAUGUCAAGCAUAUCUUAAAGAUUCUAUCCAAAAUGCCAGAGAUUUAAGUGAAAGGGAAGUCAAAUUGAAAGAAGAAAUCACGCAAUUAACAAAAAAUUUGCAAGAUGCUAAGCAUUCACUUCAAUUAAAGGAAGAAGAAAAGGAAACAAGCUGGCAAGAAACAGAAAAGUUGAAAGAGGAGCUCUCUGCAAGCACUACUCUUACUCAGAAUCUGAAAGCUGAUCUUCAGAGGAAGGAAGAAGAUUAUGCUGAGCUGAAAGAGAAACUGGCUGAUGCCAGAAAGCAGAUUGAGCAAGUACAGAAAGAGGUCUCUGUAAUGCGUGAUGAGGAGAAAUUGUUGAGGAUUAAAAUUAAUGAACUGGAGAAAAAGAAAAACCAGUGUUCUCAGGAAAUAGAUAUGAAACAGCGAACCAUUCAGCAACUUCAGGAGCAGUUAAAUAAUCAAAAAGCGGAAGAAGCUAUACAACAGUAUGAGAGAGUGUGCAAAGAUCUGAGUGUUAAAGAAAAAAUAAUCAAAGACAUGCAAAUGACCCUGGAAGAACAAGAGCAAACUCAGGUAGCACAAGAUCAAGUGCUUGAGGCUAAAUUAGAAGAAACCAAAAGACUGGCCACAGAAUUGGAAGAAUGGAAGGAAAAAUGCAAAGAUUUGGAAGCCAAACACAAUCAAAGUUCAAAUAAAGAAUUUGAGGAUAACACAGAUGUACUUAAUACAAAACUCAGUAAGCUUCAAGAUGAGUUACAGGAAUCUGAACAGAAACAUGAAGCUGAAAGAAAAAAAUGGUUAGAAGAAAAAAUGAUGCUUAUCACUCAAGCAAAAGAAGCUGAGAAUCUACGAAACAAAGAGAUGAAAAAAUAUGCUGAAGACAGAGAACAUUGUUUGAAGCAACAAAAUGAAAUGGAAAUACUUAAAGGACAGUUGGCUGAGAAAGAUGGUAACCUCCAGCAGUGGCGGGAAGAACGCGAUCAACUGGUUGCAGCUUUAGAAAUAGAGCUGAAAGCACUGAUCUCCAGUAAUGUACAAAAAGAUAAUGAAAUCGAACAAUUAAAAAAGAUCACAUCAGAGGCUUCUAAGACAGAAAAACAGACCAUGGAUAGCCAGCCCACACAAAUGAGUUCGGCAAAUCCUGGCAGAAUUGAAACUGAACCUCAGUCAACAAGUUUUGAAAUUUCCAGAUGUGAAGUCGAGGAUGGAUCUGUAGUCCUUGACUCUUGUGAAGUGUCAACAGAAAAUAAUCAAAGCACUCGAUUUCCAAAACCUGAGUUAGAGAUUCAAUUUACACCUUUACAGCCAAACAGAAUGGCAGUGAAACACCCAGGUUGUACCUCACCAGUGACGGUUAAGAUUCCCAAGACCCGAAAGAGGAAGAGUCAUGAAAUGGAAGAGGACUUUGUGAAAUUUGAAAAUAAGAAGAAUGCUACACCAAGAACUAAUUUGAAGUCCCCUGUUUCUGAGCAUAGAAAUUCUUCUGUCAAAAAGGAACAAAAGGUUUCUAUACGCCCAUCAUCUAAGAAAACUUACUCUUUACGGAGUCACGCAUCCACAAUUGGUGUAAAUGGGUCUGCUAAGAAAAAAGAAGGAACGCUGCAGAAAUUUGGAGACUUCUUACAACACUCUCCGACUAUUCUUCAGUCCAAAGCAAAGAAGAUAAUUGAAACGAUGAGCUCUUCAAAGUUCUCGAAUGUAGAAGUAAGUAAAGAAAAUGUGUCUCGACCAAAACGGGCCAAACGAAAAUUAUACACAAGUGAAAUUUCAUCUCCUAUUGAUAUAUCUGGCCAAGUGAUUUUGAUGGACCAUAAAGAGAAAGAAAGCGAUCAUCAGAUUCUCAAACGACGACUUCGAACCAAAACAGUCAAAUAAAUCACUUAUGGAGAAUAUUUUAAUAUAAAUUUUAUAUUCAUAAUCAUUGUAACUUGUCAUGACUUUUUAAAGAUAAUUGUAUAUACUGUGUUGCAUCAAAUCCGUUUGUGUAUACAUUGUUAUUUUGUACUGGUAUAAUUUUAAUUCAAUAAAGAAAACAUAUCAACAA